AUUAUGUAUGGUAUCUGUUUGAAAUGUAUGUAGAUUUCAUCCAUUACUGUUUAGGAAUCACUGAUGGUGACAUGUUUGAACUAUUCGUGAUUUUUUCUGAAAAUAAGGAAAGUACAGAUACGGAAUAAAAUUUAAUUACACAUUAUUCGUAUUUAUAAUUUGUAUUUAUAUGUUUAUGAUAAAUUUUCAUACUGAGAUAAAAUCCAGCGAACCUAUCAGUAAUUUCACAUCAAAUAACCUAAAUGUUUCUAAGCAUAUCAUUUAAGUAAAUAUAAAAAAAUUCCAAUGAAUCUUUAGAUUAUCUUUAUUAUUGUUUAAAAAAUAUGGUAUAAAAUAAAGUAUUUUAUAUCGAUAUAUUCUCCGACAAUUUGUUUUAUUAAUACAUAACUGUACUUUAUAUUGAGAGACUAUUUAUACGGUAUAUGUUAACUAUGAACAGCAAAGGUUUUAUAUUACAUUCAUUAAAACAAUUUAAACCAUACCUGACGAAUUGUAAUUUAACAAAAAAGUGCUUUAAUGAAACAUGUUUCAUUCAAUGUAAAAAUAUAUUUUCUCAUGAUGUCCAAUGUCAAACAGCGGAUAUAAGUGCAAUUGAACCAAAAUCUUUCAAAGAAAUCAGUCAGAAGACUGAUUUGAAACAAUUCAGACAUUUAUCAAAAAAUGGGCCUUCAUUGAAAGAUUUUAUAGUGUCUGAUACUAUACCUUCCGUUGAUUCUAUCAAUUUACCAAAUAUUCCUUAUGUAAAAGAUAUUAAUGGUAAUGGUCAAAAAGUAUAUUUCUGUGUUCAUGGUUGUCAAAUGAAUGUUAAUGACACAGAAAUAAUUUGGUCUAUUUUAAAGUCGCAUGGUUAUGAAAAAGUAGAUGCUCUAGAAGAUGCAAAUAUUGUUUUGCUUGUUACAUGUUCUAUCAGAGAUGGAGCAGAAAAUAAAAUAUGGACCAAAUUAAAUUCUUUUAAUUCUCUUAACAAAAAGUAUAACCGUAAUAUGAAAAUUGGAGUAUUAGGUUGCAUGGCAGAACGUUUGAAAGACAAAAUAUUAGAAAGAACCAAGUUUGUUGAUGUAAUCGCUGGACCAGAUAGUUAUAAGGAUUUACCAAGACUUUUGUGUGUACCAGACAAUGAAACUGCUAUUAAUGUAGUUUUAUCUUUCGAUGAAACAUAUGCAGAUAUCAUGCCACUGAGACUCAACAAAGAAUCCACUAGCGCGUUUGUCUCAAUAAUGCGAGGUUGUGAUAAUAUGUGUACAUAUUGUAUUGUUCCAUUCACUCGAGGCAAAGAACGGUCACGACCAAUUGACAGUAUAGUUAAGGAAGUUCAAUCUCUAUCCGAUGAGGGUGUGAAAGAAGUGGUGUUGCUUGGGCAGAAUGUAAAUAGUUAUAGAGAUGUUUCGCAACAAGAGUUUUAUAUGACUAAUAAUGCGGAAACACAUUUAGCAAAAGGUUUUAAAACUGUGUACAAAAGUAAGAAAGGAGGACAAAGAUUCUGUGAUUUAUUGGACAAGGUUUCUCGUAUUAAUCCCGAGAUGAGGAUAAGAUUCACCUCACCACAUCCAAAGGAUUUUCCCGAUGAAGUUUUACAGUUGAUAGCAGAUAGACCAAAUAUUUGUAAUGAGAUUCAUUUACCUGCACAAUCUGGAAAUUCUGUGGUUUUAGAAAGGAUGAGAAGAGGAUAUACAAGGGAAGCAUAUUUGGAUUUGGUACAUCAUAUACGCGAUAUUAUUCCAAAUAUACACUUGUCCAGUGAUUUUAUUGCUGGAUUUUGUGGUGAAACUGAGGAACAGUUUCAAGAUACAUUGUCAUUGAUACAAUUAGUCAGAUAUAACAGAGCAUUCUUAUUUGCAUACAGCAUGCGAGAGAAAACUACAGCUCACCGACGCUAUAAAGAUGAUGUCGAAACAACUGUUAAAAAUGAACGUCUUCAAAGAAUGAAUUCAAUUUAUAAAUCUAUAACAGAGGAAUUAAAUAAGUCUCAGAUUGGUCAAUUGCAACUUGUACUUGUAGAAGGGGUUAGCAAGAAAUCAGAUGAGUAUUUCCAAGGUAGAAAUGACGGCAAUGUACGAGUACUGAUUCCGUGUAUAAACAUACCUACUGAAAAAUACUCUAAUAUUAAAAGGCCUAUAAAGAGUGGUGAUUAUGUUGUUGUACAAAUUCAAAAAGCUAAUUCGCAUACUUUAACAGGAACACCUGUAUAUCACUCCUCAAUAACGGAAUAUUCAUCGUCUGAUGUAUUAUAAACAAAAUGUAACAGUAGCUUCCAAACUUUCCAAUUAUUUAAUCGUAUUUAUCACUGCAGAAUACAUUCAGUUUUCAAAUAGAAGAAACAAAUAUCUACUUAAUCGCGCGAAACUAAAUUAUCAUAUUUCCUACUAACGUGAUAAUAUUGUAAAUAAAACAAGCAUGUACAUAGUAUUACACAUGUAUACAAUAAAUAGAUGUAACUUAAUCUAAUUUCGUGAUACAUGGCAACCUAUAUGUAGAUAUAUAACACUCUCUUUAUUGUGAAAGCUACACUAAUAAUAUUCGAAAAAAAGAAAAUAUACAUUAUAAUAACAAAAAAGAGAAUGAUCUAACUAAGUUCUCAUUUUUAUCUAGUCAAGUUCUACAAAAGGUAUUUUGAUAUUUUCGUCAUACUUAUAGAAUUCAUUUUGGACCCUUAGAAUUAUCAAGAACAUUUUUCUUUCGAAUAAAUACAUAAUCAAUACAAAAUUGGAGAAAAUUUUAAUAUUGACAUUUAAUUUGUUAUAGUUUCUUAUAGCUUAAAGAUCGACUAUAUAUUAUUUACAUCAUAAUAACGCAGUAAUCAUUCAAUUAAAAAUCAUUUUGUAC